AUGGGAUAAACUCAGACAAAUGUAAUUAUUAAAUAAGAUGCUCUACAUUUCACUUCAAAAAGUUCAAAUAGGAGAAUAUUCAAUAAUGGAACUGAAAUCAAUUAAUGUUUAAGUCUGACAUCAAUACUUGAUUAGUUAUCAUUUUAGUUGAACAGUAUAAGUUUCAAAGUAUCAAAUAUUACAAUUAAUCCUUUAUCUUAUGAAUAUUUCACUUUAGAAUUGUUUUAAAAAGAAUAUCUAUAAUCUAAACCAAUCUAGAUUCUAAAUAAAUAAGAAUUUAUAAGUAAUAUGGAUCAUCCAAAUUUAUCAUAACCUAUUCCUCUCUAAACUAAAAUUAUAAGAUAAAGUACAUUUAAGUAAUAAUGGAACUAAGAAAGGCUUAUAAUUGAUGAUUUUGAUAUUGACUAUAAAUAAGGAUCAAAUUCAACAAAAAAUUUAACAUAAUAUAAAUAUGACUAAAAUAAUACAAAGCUUUAAUAAUUAAAAGAAGACUCUUUUUUAUUAUAAAGGCAAAUUAACAAUUAGUACAAAAUAUCAAAUGGAUAAUAAAUUAAAAAUGAGAAGACUGAAAACUUUUCAGAUGAAGAAAUUGCAUAAAACAACUCUUUUUCAAUUAGUUAAAAUUUUGAUGAAUUUAAAUAAAAUCAAGCUGAAAUUGAUGAAAAAUCAUACUUACAAAAUAACAGAUUUUGGUCAUCUGAUUAUUCAUCAACAUUCAUUGAUUUUCAAAUUAAUAAUCAAAAUAUUAAUUCUCAAAAUAAUAAUUAAUCAGAAAAAUAUUUAGAUGAACCAGGAUAUAAUAUGAAGCAACAACACUUAUCUUAAGCCUAAUUUAAUUAAUAAAAUCAAAAUCAACGUAUAUCAAAUUAAUAAUCUUUUGGUACUAUUAAAACUAUAAAUUAAAAUUAACAACCUUUAAUGUAACAUCUAAUUACUUCUCCUACUGUGUUUUCUUAAAAUAAAUUAUUUAAGUAACCAUAAUCUCAAAAUUAUCAAAUUGUUUAAUAAUAAUUGCCACUUGAAUCUCAUCAAAACUUUGGAUAUACAUAAUUACACUCCAAUAAGAAAUUAAAUUCAGUUAAUCAUUAAAUUCAUACUAUAACACCAAUUUAAUAAUAAUCGAAUAAUAAUAAUGUUUAAAAUAAUUUAUUUAUUGUAUCAUAAUAGAUUAAAUAAUAAAAAUAAGUUAAAAAAUCUAAUUUCCAUCAUUCAGCUUCUCCUUAAGCAUAAAUUCCAUAAUCUUAAGGAUAAUAAAAAGAAUCAAUGAGGUAAUAAUUUGAUAGGCUAUUACGAGAUAAUAAGGAAUUCAAAUAAAAACAAAAGAAUUUCAAAGAAGAUAAUUUAUAAAAUUUUAAAUCUCCAAGAUUUACAUAAAAAAAAAAGGAUUAAAAUAUCAAUAAAAAAUAAAUAUAAAGUCCAAAAAAUGAUAAAAUUCCAAAAAAAAAAAAGUUAAUUAGCAGUUAAUCUCCAAUUGAUAAUAAAGGUACAAUAAAGAAUAAUAUUGGAUAUGUAGAGAUGAAUAAAAUAAAAAAAUAAUAUCAUAGAUCUCCUGAAUAAGAUUUAGAAAGAUUAAAAGAUUAAAAAUAAAUUGAAUUUAAGAUUUAAGAUUAAUAAAAACAUAAUCAUUUAUAUUCAAAAUACUUAAAUUUUAAUAUUUUGAAUCUACAUCUUUAAUCUUUUCAUUCAAAUUAAUAAAAAAUUCAAUUCAAUUAAUAAAAUGUUUCUAAUUUAUAAACUGCAAUGACUUAGAAUAUAUCACCAUCUGAAAGAGGAAUAACAAAUAGAUAAAUCAUUAAAGAUGUAAUUAAUUUAAAUGAUAUAUCACAAUAAUAAGAAAAUUAUAUGAAUAUUGAUCAAAUAGCAACUUAUCGUGAAACUUAAAUCUAAAAAUUAAGGAAAUUUUCUGAUUGA